CCGCCCCGCUGCCCGCCCCCAGGCUGUGUCGAGCGGGAGGCCGGGGUGUUAUUGUCGCGGCCAUGGCGUUGAGCCCGGUGCUGGGGAAGCUGGUCAGCAAGCGGGUGGUGCUGGCCAGUGCCUCGCCGCGGCGCCAGGAGAUCCUCACCAACGUGGGUCUACGGUUUGAGGUAGUUCCAUCCUGGUUUAAAGAGACACUUGAAAAGUCAUCUUUUGCAGCCCCUUAUGAAUAUGCUGUUGAAACAGCAAAACAGAAAGCUCUUGAAGUAGCAAAUAGAAUGCAUGUGAAACACCUGAGAACACCUGACAUUGUUAUAGGAGCAGACACCAUUGUGUCUGUGGAUGAGCAGAUCUUGGAGAAACCAGUUGAUAAGCAAGAUGCAUAUAGGAUGUUAUCAAGGUUGAGUGGGAAGGAGCACAGUGUUUUCACAGGAGUGGUUAUUAUACACUGCAGCAGUAAAGAUAAUCAGCUAGAGACAGAAAUCACUGAUUUUUAUGAAGAGACUAAAGUAAAAUUUUCGGACCUUUCAGAAGAGCUCUUGUGGGAGUACAUUCAUAGUGGAGAGCCCAUGGACAAGGCUGGUGGAUAUGGAAUCCAAGCCCUUGGUGGAAUGUUAGUUGAAUAUGUCCAUGGAGACUUCUUGAAUGUGGUGGGAUUUCCUUUGAAUCACUUCUGCAAAAAGCUAGCAGAGUUGUACUAUCCACCCCUUAAACAUACCAUACAGCAUAUAAAGCAUGACUCUAUCCCUUCUGUGGACACUUUUGAGAGCCUAAGUGAUGGAGAAAGUGAAUCCUCAAGUUUCAAGGAACAUAAAGGUGCUAGUAAGUUGGACAGUCCCUCAGGAGUUAUUUACAACUCUGAAAACAGCUCUGGUGUCAGAACUGAUUCUGUGAUACCUUUGGAAAAUCAGAAUGGAGUGUCAGACAAUGCAACAAAAGUUCCAUCUAAAAUUCUAGACCUGAUGGAUGGUUUUAGAGCUUCAAAGGCUCUGUUUGUAGCCUCUAAGCUGAAGAUAUUUGAUCAUUUGAAAAAGAAAAGUCCUCAAAAGGCUGCAGAUAUUGCAAAUGAGGUUGGAACUUCUGUGUGUGGGACUGAAAGGCUCCUUGAUGCCUGUGCUGCUCUUGGUUUGCUGGAGAAAACACCACAAGGUUAUAGGAAUACGGAUUCAACAAAUACUUAUCUGGCAUCUGAUGGUGAAUUCUCGCUUCAUGGCUACAUUAUCCACUCUAAUGACCAUCUUUGGCCUCUCUUUACACAUUUGGAGUCUGCUGUUAAAGAGGGAAGCAGGCAGAACCAUCGAGCCUUUGGAAAGAAAACGGAGGAUUUAUUUAAUGACUAUUAUCAGAGCCAGGAAGUGAAGCAGCGUUUUAUGGCUGCUAUGCACAGCAUUGCCCACCUUACAGCAAGAGACGUGGCUACAGCAUUUGAUCUUUCAGAGUUUAAGACUGCUUGUGAUUUGGGAGGUUGUACUGGAGCUCUGGCUCAUGAAUUAAUGCGAAUAUACCCAAAUAUGAAGGUCACAGUGUUUGACCUUCCAGAAGCCAUUGCAAACACCUCUUGCUUUCAACCAUCAGAACAGUGCACAGCUCCAGUGACAUUUGUAUCAGGUGACUUUUUCACAGAUGACCUUCCAGAAGCAGAUCUUUACAUACUCUCCCGUGUUCUUCAUGACUGGCCCGAUGAAAAGAUUCAUGUACUAUUAAAGAAAAUAUCAACUGCUUGCAAACCAGGAAGUGCCUUGCUAGUGGCAGAAAGUGUGCUUGACGAGCAGAAGACACACCCUCCUAGAGUUGUACUGCAGUCUCUGAGUAUGACUGAAGGCAAGCAGAGAAGUGGCUCAGAAUAUAAACAGCUGCUGGAGAAAUAUGGAUUCACCAAUACGCAAAUUAAGAUCACGGGCAACUUACUAGAUGCUGUUUUGUGCUUCAAGUAGAGUCAGUCAUCUUUGCAUGCACAGAAAUAGCGUGAGGUGCUGAAUUGUUUUAACGUGUGCAAUAUACCUGUCGUCACCCAACACUGUCAGUUUAGGACCAUUUUGACCCUUUAUUUGAAACACAGAUGCUAGAUAUUGUCAUAGAUAUGAAACUGGUCAGCUCUGAAUAAAAAGUUUGACUCAAUUCUGUACAAGCUGUAUUCUUUGAGAUAAUAGUUGUCUUUCCUUUUCUAUGGGUCUUUACUGAGAAGCACUUCAAGGAUGCCAUUUUAUGCUUUAAAAAAUAAAAUAAAAAUAAAUUGGUCUCAGGUAAGACAACCAAACUCUAAUCAAGUUCCUGCAGUACUUGUAAGGUCAUAGGAACUUCAGUAACUUCUAAUUUCCAGGCACAGUAUAUACCCACACAGACUCCACUUGAGUUGUUUCCAUCGGUUCCUGUCAGAUUUGUUCUUUUUCUGAAUGUUUUUUUCUCAGUAUUGAUAAAUGGCUGUUUAUACUAUGCCUGUUUAUACUUUGCCUGAUGAAAUUUAGGUUUUAUACAGCUUCUCAAAGGUCUGUGAAUAGAAAUUUAUGUUCCAGCUUUUAAUUAAAGAAAUACAUACCCCAUCUCCUCUCCUCGAGUACUUUGUCACUAAUGUCACCACUUUUAAUCGUUUUCUUUGAUACUAUAUUAAUAUUUACCAUUUCUAUUUUAAAUGCCCUUUGUAGUAUAAGCAUUCCUAGAGAUUAAAGUUGUACUUUCAAACUGG